AUGAGACUCCCACUUGUUGUUGUUAUGGCUUCCGUCGCCGAUGCCAACGGUACCAGCAACACUGCCGGUCAAUCAGGAUCAUCGGGAUCUGGUGCGCCAAACACUUCGGCUAGUACACCAUCGGCCGGAGCUGGAGCCUCUGCCUGUCAUCUGCCAUCUCUGCCUACAUCGGACAUCGCCGUGCUGCAAUGUGAUUUGAUACCGGGGCUGGAGAUCGAUGCGUAUGCGUGUGCGUACUCUUGGGAUCAAGCGACUGGUUUUCGACCGAAAAUGUUGGACAAGCCCAUCUCAUUGGCUGAUUAG